CUCUCUUAUUUAGGAGUUGAUUUCCUAUACGUACAUUGUAAUUUGGCCGAAAUUUGAUGAACCUUCUUGUUCUGUGAUUCUACUAAUUAGCCUAGGAUUAUCGACCGCUUAUCCUUCUAACUCAGAACUAUUCAUAUUGUGCGUAGUAUACUAGUAGUAAUUAUUGAAGUCACAUAAUGCACGUGCGCGGAAGCAUCUUUCGAAACUAUUGCUAACUAUUAAAUUCACAAGAGCGAAAAUUGAGAGCGGAAGCUUAGGGUGAGGAUUGAGAGUGGGAGCGAAGUGUCCUGUUGGAGGAUUAUGUGACCUAGGCCAAUUAACUCUUUGAUAGUUCAACUACGACUCGGUGUUGUAAUUCCUUUUAGCAAAACACUGAGACUGGUUGCCUUUGUUUUUAAUGUUUGAUUGGUUUGUGUGGUGUUUACAUCAUGGCUGGAUAUAUAGUUUUGGUGAGCAGCAAAGUGAGGGAAACUCUAUAGCUGUGUUUUCGGUUGAAUAAUCCUUAUGACUUAUGAGUCAAGCUACCGAUGGUUGGCAGGCGCUUCUUUGGAAGCACUUGCUAAGGGGGCAGUGCAGUUUUCUCGCAGAUUCACCUUUCAAGAACUGCAAGAUCGAUGGCAUUCUUUACUUUAUGAUCCUGAUAUUGCAGCUCAAGCUUCUGCUUGCAUGGGUGAGCUUCAAGGUUCUGCUUCCAAUCUCUCGUCAGAGUUCAAUAGAUCAGACAAGGCUGCACAAAGCAAAAUGGUUCACGAAAAGAGAAAACUUGGAAGCAUUCGGAAGCAGUAUUAUGCCAUGCGAAAGAGAAUUCGAAGUGAGUUUUUUAGCUCUGUUGAUCUAGAUUUUCUGGAUGAGCCCAAUCUUCACAAUUGUAGUGGUAAUGGGGGUGACUUUCAUGAGCGUGUCACACUCGAUAAUGGGCCUCCUGUUGGCAAUUUCAUGCCAAAUCACUUUGGCCUCCAGGAAUCAGAUUUUGAUACCCUGCAUCAUGCUUUCCCACAGACAAUGACGGAUAUAGCUGCCACUAAUGUUCUGGGUAACAUUGGUGAUGAAUUUCAUUCUGAAGGCCCAGAACCACUUGCAGACAACCAUAUAAGUAGAGUUGCAAGGAAUGACUGCUUACACGAAUUUCCUGAAGAUGUCUCCUCCUUUUCAGCCCAAGAUUCGCUGAGAAAUGUUGAAGCAGAGUCUUUUCAGCGUACUCUUGCGCACAAACGUUUGCCCCUUAGUCUUGAAGCUGGGAAAUGCUCAAAUGUUGAGGAAAUGGGGUCAUCACAACCUUUCCCGGGUACAAGACCUUUUGAAACUGAUGAUUCAGAGGCAAAACCUUUGGCUACCUUUGAUCCAACUAGUAAUAACCUCCAUAAUGCCUGCUCUGAAUUGGGAGGCGCACAACACUUGAGUUCCCCCAAUCCAGAUGGUAGUGCUUCAUUCCAUACAAUGGGAUUUUCACCACAGUUACCUCAUCUCUGGAAGACAAUGGAGGAUAUGUCAGCACCUGCUAUGCCGGUUGAUAUGAGCCUCAAAGAUAAAAAUCCGGGUGCAGAAGAUGUUUCCGCACUUCCUGGUAAUGCUGAUAAUGAGAGAAAAGGUUCAUCAGGCCCUGGCGAUCUUCAUUCAGUGCCCUCGCUGAUAGAGCAACAAAAUGGUGAUGAUUUUAUUAAUUCAGCUGCUUUAUCAGAUGGUGAAUUUGUAGAUCUUUCAGACUCACUUUUGGACUUCAUAGAUAUGGAUCUGGUGAGUUCUCAUUUGGAUGCCAUUGGAGGGGAUGUGCCCAAAGUUGAACCUAAGGAAAUGAUUGUUUCAAACACUGGCCGUGCAACUGCUGGCAUUGCAUAUCCAGCAGAUUCAGAAGUUCCCACUUCCCAACUGCUCUCUGUUCGUGGUGAUCAACGAAGUGUUUCUCGUUCACGGCCAUCUACGUCAGUCUUAACUUCCAAGCCUCUUGAACUUAAUCUUGGGAAUACCAACUGCACAUUGAACACUGAAGACCCAGAAAUCCCGUGCAAUGAUGACAUUUUCUUGCUUAUCCAUCCAGCUACGUCAUUUGCAUUUCCUGCAACAAGACCAACUGUCAGAAAUGCUAUUGAUCCUUCAUUGUCUGCUGAUGUAAAGGAUGCUGGACUAGGACUAAAUUUCUUGAAGAAAGGCGAAGAUCUGGCACAAUCUUUUGUGCCAUCACAGAUGGUUGGACCACACAUGUUGCCGGCGCAGGGUUCAAAACACGCACUUGUUGGAUGCACUGUUAAAUCUGAGUUGCCUGAUACUAGCCGUAUGGCUGUGGCUCCCAGACACACUAACAAGGCCAUUGGAGAUUCUCAAUGCAAAGCAGUACUCGCACCUCCAAAUGCUGCUGUGGAUGGAAAGCUGGAGAGCAUUGUUCCAAAAGUUGAACUUGCGGUAGUAGACACCCCGGGUACUUUCGGGGAAAUUCCAUUACAUGCAGAAGCAGGUCCUAUUGAAAUAACCCUUCCAGAAUCAGUAGUAAAUCCCUCGACAUCUGAUCAUGAAGAACCGGAGAGUGACAAUGAUGUGCCUUACUUUUCCGAUAUUGAAGCAAUGAUUCUUGAAAUGGAAUUAUGUCCAUAUGAGGAGGAUACAUAUUUUACUACUCGAGUCUCAAGGUACCAACACGAAGAUUCUAAGAGGAAAAUCAGACGGUUGGAACAGUGUGCUCAAUCUUCUCUGCAAAGAGCCAUUGCAUCUCAAGGUGCACUGGCAAUAUUGUAUGGCCGUCGUUUGAAGUAUUAUAUCAGGGAAACUGAGGUCAUUCUUGGAAGAUCAACAGAGGAAAUUGAGGUAGAUAUUGACUUAGGGAAAGAAGGGCGUGCUAACAAGAUAUCCAGACGGCAGGCACUUAUCAAGAUGGAGACAGAUGGAUCCUUCUUUUUGAAAAAUCUGGGGAAGACUUCAAUUUCUGUAAAUGGCAAAGCAGUUGCUACGGGACAGUCGUUGGGUCUAACUUCAAGUUGUUUGAUUGAGAUAAGGGGGAUGAGUUUCAUCUUUGAAAUGAACCACAAAUGUGUCAGGAGGUGCUUGGACAACAUUGCCAAGAAAAGCCAACUAACCAAAUUUGAAUGGUCACCUGCGGUGGAGACCUGAGUUCAGCCAUGCUAUGAAUAGGUUUCUUCUAUUUUCCGAUUAGUAUUUAGUUACAUUUAGUCUGUUGUAUGAAUUUACCCUUCUCACGUUAGCUUCUUUAUGCUGCCUAAAUCCGAAAUGUAUAGUUAUCUCUUGCUUUAUGUGAAUGAGUAGUUGAUUAUUCAA